AGCCGGGGCGGCCCCGGUUGGCCGGCCCCGGGGUGCUCGGGUUCCUUUCUAGGCGGGCGGUCGGGGUGGGGGCGGGGCGGAGGCGGAGCGGGCGGUGUAAACAGACCCGGGAGCCGGGAGCCCCGGAGGAGGCGCGGGCGGCGCCGCCAUGGACUUCCAGCAGCUGGCCGAUGUCGCGGAGAAGUGGUGUUCCAGCACGCCCUUUGAGCUCAUCGCCGCCGAGGAGACGGAGCGCAGGAUGGACUUCUACGCCGACCCGGGCGUUUCCUUCUACGUGCUGUGUCCGGACAACGGCUGCGGCGACAGCUUUCACGUGUGGAGCGAGAGCGAGGACUGCCUGCCCUUCUUGCAGCUGGCCCAAGAUUACAUCUCUUCCUGUGGCAAGAAGACGCUCCAUGAAGUCUUAGAAAAAGUCUUCAAGUCCUUCAGACCUUUGCUGGGGCUUCCGGACGCAGAUGACGACGCACUCGAAGAGUACAGUGCAGAUGUGGAGGAAGAGGAGCCAGAGGCGGACCACCCCCAAAUGGGGGUGACCUUGCUGAGGAAAAGCAUGACGGAGGAGAAACGCAGCCUGCACUGUUUGUGUAUCUGUUAAGUGUCCGUAAGUGAAAGGUUUCCCUUAGAAAGCAUGAGUUUUAAUAUCUAAGUCAGAUCUGCACACGUGCAAACGCAGAGGGUGGGAGCGGCUGAGGCUCCGUGAAGAGUUCACCUUUUGUUGUAUUGGUUACCUGGGCACAUAGCAGCCAGCCACUGACCAGUGUAAAUGUUUCCUGGUUUUUUGAUCGUUUUAAAACAUGCUGAUUCCAAAGCCACUUUUAACUUCUAGUAGUGGAAAGUGUAGAUGGGGUGAAAGAUAGACGUGAUUGUUUUCUUUAAGCUGUUUAUAAACCUGCGUAUGAAACAUUUACCUUUUCUCUUCAUGAUGAGACAGCAGCUUACUAAAUCAUGAGAACAGCCAGAGCCUGAGCAAGUGCCCCUUAAGCUUUGAAGCCAUAGAUAAAUCUAACAAGAAAAUAAACUAGGGUAAAAAUACUAAUACAAUGAAAGCCUUUACUUUCCUAAUCUUUUAUUCUUUAGAGAAUGUCAAGAAGGGCUCCCAGUGAGUUAAUUUAUUUAAGAUUAUAAUUAAAUACUCUAGGGAACGUACUUGCAGUGAAAUUUUAAAGGGCCAUGAAAGUAAGAAUCUUAAUUACGAGAUUGCUUGGUUAAAAGAGGAUGAUUUUAAUGAUCGGGACACCCAGACAACUCCCAGGAGUAACUGCUCUCAUCGUUUAGCCAGUAAAUACUUCGCAGGACGUUCUCUGAUGCUAUUGUGAGACCCUUCAGUGUCUCACGUUCUCAUAACUUAGGGUGCCAGUGUCUCCUUGACAAUGCUCAAUUCCUUGUGCAUCAAGUUUGGGAGUGUUUCAAAUGCACACGCACACCAGUUAUGUUACUAGUAUUUUAAAUUUAAAAAAGAAGAAGAUGGUGAUGAAGACUACAACCGCCUGCGCUGACAGAAGCUUGUGUGGAUGGCCAGCAUGUCUGGGCAGUCUCUAUUUAACCGAGGGGCAGUUGGAAGAGUCCCACGCUCCUUGAUGUAGAAUUCAGCUGCUGGGUGAUGCCACACACUUUUCCAUCUAUGCUCUUUUACCUAUGUGUUCUGUUUUCUGGGGGAAACUUAUUAAUGGUUAAUUUCAAGACAAGUGACCUCUCUUGAAGCAGCCCAUUAGCAACGUCAGACUGAGUUCCUUCCAGGGUUCAAGGUCCAGCCUUUGAGUCCUGACCAUUGUCCAGCCUUGUGAGCAUACAGCAGGGAGACUGAGAUCCCUGUCUUGUAGGUACUGUACAGGGCAGGUAACCUUCUUUUAAAUAUGAUAGGUCACACAAAUAUAUGACUUUUAUGGCUAAAUGAGAAUGCCUGAGCAGUUUGCUCCAUUCUGAGGUAACCUGGAAUUUUAUACACAGAGGCUUCAACUCUAAAUUUACAUGUGUUUGAACAUUAAUAUAAGGUGAAUUUUUAUCAAAAACAUAUUUAAACUUUGACCAGAUAUACUCGGUGUUAUCACAUUAAUGUUCUCUAUUUGUAUAAGUUGAGCUAAGACCCCUCCUAGCGAUGCAGCGGGCUGCUAAAAACUCUCCUCUUCUGCCCAGGGGUCAGGAAGAGAGAGCAUCCCUGGAUGUGCUUGAUUUCCAUGGCAAAUCGCAGAGGCAUCAACAAAUCCAUUGUCCUUGCAAAGCGCCUUCCCUCUGCUGUUGUGUGUCCCUUCCAGUGUGGGCCUGUGCGCACACCUGAGCCUGCCCUUUCCACAGUGAGACAAGUGGGACCCCUCCCGAGCCUACAGAGGUAGGCAUUCUAGUGGCAGCCAUAGCCUGGGAGAAGGGUCUUUGGGAGUUAGGAGAGACACUUGCCUUUGACUGCAGGACACUGACAAGUCAUGUGACUUCUCUAUGAAACAGGACUAUUAUAUGCUCUCUAGCUUUGAACACUGUCCUAAUGCAGCUGCCAUGGGAAGUGUGUGCUUAGAAGAGCAACAGCCCAGGACACGGAAGGACAUGGGAAGAGAUAUUUUGUGAUUUUGCCAAAGAUGGUGUCCUUAAGAUGCUGGUCAUACAGCUACUUUAGAAUAUGGUGGCCAGCAGAUGUCCAGAUCCAUGGAGCCUGGGGUGGGCUCUAUCCCAGGCAAUUGAUGAGAUUCUGUCGCUUUGAGAGGUAGAUAGGCAGAGGCCCCAGGAGAUGGUUUGUCUCUGCUGGAUGCCAAUGACAGGCAGAGGCUGCUCCUUGCUCCCCUACGCUGAAGGCUUUGGAUGUGGUAGCCAGGUAACCCAAGAGGGGAGAUUGGUGUGAAGACUAGCUGGAGGAGAAUGGUGGUGAACACUUUGCUUGUCCUAUCACUCAGGAAAGUGACAGUAAAGACUUGGUAGGUAGCAGACAAGAGACUGUGAGAGUACACAUACAGGGGAAGACUGAGUGCUUGCUGGCAGAUGUGACCAGCUGAAAUCUGAAUUAACCACUGAUGGCACUAGAGAGGCGAUCCUAUCAUUGAGGGACCCAUGGAGACAUUUUUCACAUAUCUGUCAGGUUACUUUCUUCUGCCUGGUGAUGGCACUGAGCCAAACAGGCUUCAGACAUUGACGAGCAGAGCCAGGGAGUGUAGUGAGGCUCCGUGCAGUGCCUAGCAUCACGAGGGUUCAGCCAGACAGAAGGGUCCACUUGUGACUCCUAGGCUCCCUGCAGCACACCGUACAUUCUGUGUUUCCAUGACCAGAGCACAAAAUGUCUACUACGUGAGGAGAUUGUCCUUGUGCACCGGUGUCAGAACUAGGUUUUCAGUGCGCUUAAGUCAAAAACUGUGUCUGGGAGUGGCACCACUGCUCCGUACAGGCAGAAACUGUUUUCUCGCACAAUGCAUGUCUCUGAAUAUUGUUUCAGUUUCUCCGAGCACAAAGAGUGUGUCCAGGGUGUUGUGAUCCCAGACUGGAAUUUUUAGUUAUUGCAUGUUAAAACUCACCAGCUGGGAAACGGUUUAACCAAAUCUGGUUUUCUAUAGUAAGAGGAAUGUAGGGAUGGACAAGACUUAAUGUGUGUUGGGAGGAGGUGAACAGGCGCAGUGAGGAGUUAGGUCCAUCUGAGUUGUAAACAAAACAUAUAGUCCACACUGACCUUCUAGGGCACAGGGUGACUUGUGUCCCUGGCUAUUUCUAGAGAACUGGGUGCUUAGAGGACGCUAGUAAUGGCUUUGUGACUUUCACAAUGUCCCCUGCCAAGCCAAAGGCACAGCGGCAAGCGUCCUGCAUACCUGAUGGAAUUCCUUCCCUUAGAAAUAAAAUCAGCCACUAGCCAGGGAAGCUUGCCUUCAAGAGUGCUGGCUCCAGAGGAUCUGUGACACAGAAUAUGAGCCAUACCUGCUCUCUCCUCCACUGGUGCUCCAGUGUCAGUGAAACUCAGGUGGAGGCUCUUGUGCCUAGAGCAAACCUCGAGGGAGAUUCCAUGCAUGGCUUCUUGCAUCCUCUCUAGAGAUGCAUUAAAUGUUUUUACAUGAGAAACACUCCUCCUACAUACAAACAAGGCGAGUUACUUUGCUUCGAUGGUAGCUAGCAUGACUUGAGAAGCUGAGGUCUUUUAGGUUUCAUACAGCGCAGGUAGAUAUAAGACUUGCCGGGACACUGGCAGCCUGGGGUCUAUGGCAAUGACCUUGAGCAUUUCCCGUUAGAAAACCCAUUCACCACACUGCAAGGCUGAGUAGUUCCGAGCAGUCAGAAGUGUGUACCAAGCCACAUAGGAAUUAACGUUCAGUUUGAUUAGGACCAUGAAUUAACGUUCAGUUUGAUUAGGACCAUGUUCAAGUUGUUCGGUGUCGGGGGAAAGCUGACAGUGUGUGCUUCGUAAACCAUAUUUCCCUGGGCGUUCCUUUUUGUGUCUCAAGGUUCUGUUUAGCAAGGACCUUCUAAACUGGCAGAGACCAAUGCUCUAUACACAUGCCUGCUCUCUAAGAGGCACUAAAAUAAAUAUUCAGUGCUGGGCAAACCCAAACCCAGCUUUCAGUCCAGUGCUUAUUUGUGUACAAGUGAGAUAUUUCUCCAGAGAAGCAAAUCGGAAAGGACAAAAGCAAGGGCUUUUGUUGUUUGUUUCUGGUUAUUAUUAUUAUUUUUUUUUAAGACGGGAGUUUUUCCUGUGCGAUGUGUGUGCUUUCUUUGAGUUUGUAUUUUCUUUCAGAGAGCUCUCUUGUAAGUGACAGACUGUGAAAUGGGUUGCCAAAAACUGUGUCCUUUGUUAGAUGCUUCAGAGGGAACUGUGUACGUUCUCUCUGCACCUUGUCCCGUUGGCUUCCUCCUCCUCCGGUGAGAGCAAGGACCACCAUCCGAGGAUGGAAUUACCAUACGCUUGCUAUUAAAGAGCCUUCCAGUCCUGG